GGAUCCCUGUCCCAUAUAUAUGGUUUUUCAUGUUUACUAAGAUGCUAACUAACAGUUGCAGCUUCUGCAUCCUAUACUGAAUUUCUUAUACUUUUCAAUGGAUUUUCCACACGUAUUAUGGUUUAUUGAGCAGGGUUUUUGUGAACAUUGGAAUUGACAAACUUAUUGCAUGUUGAUGCAGAUUAGAAUUUGUUUGAGAUGGAUGCUUCUUGGGUGAUUGCUGGAUACAAGUAUGAUUGCUUGCUUUUCGAUAUGGACGAUACUCUCUACCCAUUGAGCUCAGGUCUCAAUUUGGCAUGUCGGAAGAACAUAGAAGAGUACAUGUUAAAACACUUGCAUAUGGAAGAAAGUGAAGUACCAAAGAUUUGCCUGGACUUCUACAAGGAAUAUGGGACAACUAUGGCAGGACUAAAGGCUUUUGGUUAUGAAUUUGAUAAUGAUGAAUUUCAUGACUACGUGCAUGGAAGACUACCAUACUGGAAACUGAAGCCAGAUCCAGUGUUAAGGAACCUUCUGUUUUCCAUGCCUCAGCGUAAAAUAGUAUUCACUAAUGCAGAUCAGGCUCAUGCACACCAAGUGCUCAACAGAUUGGGCUUGAUAGAAUGUUUUGACAGUAUUAUAUGCUUUGAAACGCUUAAUCCUCCUGAUCACAAAGAUGUACCAACUGAUAAUCGCGUGCUAGCAUGGAGCAACUGCAGCUCGUUGAACAAAGAAGAUUGUAACCAGGUAGAGAGUGAAUGCUUUAACUCCAAGACACAAAUCCUCUGCAAACCCUCUGUUGAAGCCAUUGAAGCUGCCAUUCAGAUUGCUAAUGUAGACCCAAGGAAAACGUUGUUUUUUGAUGACAGUGCUAGAAACAUUGCAAGUGGGAAAGCUGCUGGACUUAACACAGUUAUUGUGGGACGCUCAGAUUUGGUGCCGGGAGCUGACCAUGCACUGAACAGCAUUCAUAACAUCAAAGAAGCAUUACCCGAGAUAUGGGAAGUUGAGGGAGACCACCAGCAAAUAAUCCAAUCUCAAGCAGUUGAAACCAUGGUCCUUGCAUAGAUUUUGCUUUGAAUAAGCAAAUUUUUACUAUCGAGCAAUCCCAACCAUGGUGCAUAGCAGUUGGCUCCCCACAAACAGUGAUGCUUAAAAAUGUAAAUCAUGUUGUUGGGAGCAUGUGACGUAAACGCAAAUAACAAUAGCAUAAAGAAAUGGAAAUGAGAAUAUUAUUGUUCUAAAGAUUAAGCACGAGUCUUGUCAUACAAAAUAUGGGAAAUUAGGCAGCAACUAAUGACAAUCCAAACCCAUUAUUAACAUGACUAAUAAGAGACAAUCAGAACAUUGGGAAAUGAACUGAAAA